AUGUGUGUUUCAGUGGAGCAUGUUUCUCCUCUGCCAAGUGAUCAUUGCACGACCAGCCCUAUUCCUAUACCAGCUACAACCAUCUCUGAUAUAACCGUCCCCGAUUUUGAUAUCCCAGCUACAACCAUCUCUGAUAUAACCGUCCCCGAUAUUAAUAUUCCAGCUACAACCAUCUCUGAUAUUACCGUCCCCGAUUUUGAUAUCCCAGCUACAACCAUCUCUGAUAUAACCGUCCCCGAUAUUGAUAUUCCAGCUACAACCAUCUCCGAUAUAACCGUCUCCGAUUUUGAUAUCCCAGCUACAACCAUCUCUGAUAAAACCGUCCCCGAUAUUGAUAUUCCAGCUACAACCAUCUCUGAUAUAACCGUCCCCGAUAUUGAUAUUCCAGCUACAACCAUCUAUGAUAAAACCGUCCCCGAUAUUGAUAUUCCAGCUACAACCAUCUCUGAUAUAACCGUCUCCGAUAUUGAUAUCCCAGCUACAACCAUCUCUGAUAUAACUGUCUCCGAUAUUGAUAUUCCAGCUACAACCAUCUAUGAUAUAACCGUCUCCAAUAUUGAUAUUCCAGCUACAACCAUCUCUGAUAUAACCGUCCCCGAUAUUGAUAUUCCAGCUAAAACCAUUUCUGAUAUAACCGUACCCGAUAUUGAUAUUCCAGCUACAACCAUCUCUUAUAUUACCGUCACCGAUAUUGAUAUUCCAGCUACAACCAUCUCUUAUAUUACCGUCACCGAUAUUGAUAUUCCAGCUACAACCAUCUCUGAUAUAACCGUCCCCGAUAUUGAUAUUCCAGCUACAACCAUCCCUGAUAUUACCGUCACCGAUAUUGAUAUUCCAGCUACAACCAUCUCUGAUAUAACCGUCCCCGAUAUUGAUAUUCCAGCUACAACCAUCUCUGAUAUAACAGUCUCCGAUAUUGAUAUUCCAGCUACAACCAGCUCUUAUAUAACCGUCCCCGAUAUUUAUAUUCCAGCUACAACCAUCUCUGAUAUUACCGUCCCCGAUAUUGAUAUCCCAGCUACAACCAUCUCUGAUAUAACCGUCCCCGAUAUUGAUAUUCCAGCUACAACUAUCUCUGAUAUCACCGUCCCCGAUUUUGAUAUUCCAGCUACAACCAUCUCUGAUAUAACCGUCCCCGAUAUGGAUUUCCCAGCUACAACCAUCUCUGAUAUAACCGUCCCCAAUAUUGAUAUUCCAGCUACAACCAUCUAUGAUAUAACCGUCUCCGAUAUUGAUAUUCCAGCUACAACCAUCUCUGAUAUAUAA